AACUGGACAAAAUAUUGAAGUUUGAUGUGAUAGUUUAGUGUUUUCUUUGGUGUACCACUAGUUGUGUUUUGACUACUGGAAAAAAGGAAACGGAAACUCAAAGAAUUCGACGCAAAACAUUUUGGUUCAAACCGAUGGAUUGCGGGUUCUUAUUCUAUGCUGUUCCAUGGUUCGUGGUGAAAAAAAUAACGAAGAAGCGGCAUCAUCUAAACUUAAGGACCAACAAACCGACCUCGUCGUAGCUAAACGCUCCCUCCUCGAAAGAGAACGUGAGUUUUUCAAGACACGUCCGAUGAGUCCCGAUCUCCGUUCCUUCAUCCAAAGAUACAAACGAAAAAAUUUCGACAAGAGACAAAGCGAAAAACGGAACAAACGCUCGCAAGAAAUCGCCGAAAAUCAGCUGUACAUCGUCCAGAACGGCCAGUUGGUGCCUCUGAGGAACAUGAAAGGGUUCAAACGAAGCGAGGAGAAGAAGCCGGAACCGGAAGGGUUCACUGUGGUUCCGUUGGUGAUUCCCAUCAACAUGAAAAAUCCAGCAGUGAAGUUUGUCAAAACGAGGAUGCUGAGCGAGGAGAAUGCACAGCUGAAGAGUGGGGCGGUGCCAGCGGGGCAGGCUGGGGGCGGCGCCCCGGAGGCGAGCACCCCCGCGCCCCAAAACGAGGAGGCUAAGCCUCCUGAAGUGGAAGAAAUGAUCAGUGGCGAAGAGGAGAAUAGUAAUAGUACCAGGGAGGAAAAGGAGGUCUUGCAUAAGAUCCUGCAAGAUGUGGAAGGGCUAAUGCAGUGGAAAAGCGAAGGGAAUAAGAAGGAAGGUGUCAUUUGCAACAUCAACGGAUCUUGGAUUAGUGACGCCGCUGGUAUGCGCUUCGAUGUUUGUUACCAGAACUCCACACGAAAAAAAUUUCGCAUCCAUGUUGCGGAUCGUAUUCCACCGAACGAAGACGGAUUUCUCUGUGAUGGGAACUGGACCGUUUUCGGGGAAAUACCCUUCAUGCAUUCGGGAAUGGUGAUUGCUCUAGCAGUGCACGAGAAGGACCGACACAUUGCCACGUUCAUAGGAGAGUGUCGUAUUUGCGAAGGUAGCGAGACCGUGACAGGCACGUGGUUGGUGGCUCGAAGUUCGCGCGAUUGUAAAGACCAAAAAGCCGCACAUAAAGUCUUAAGCGACGUUUGGAAACGGGAGCAAGCUCAUACUUUAAGGAAGAAACACUUGCAAAAAAUCGGAAUUGCGAUGGAUGGAGAAGAUUAAAUCGCUCGCUCGCUCGCUCGUAUUUAUUUGUAUAUUUAUAUUAUAUUCUACCAAACUUA